GGGCGGGGUCAAGAAAGCGCGCGUUCUAGAGGGGGAGGAGCCAGUUAAGGAGCGGCGCGUCACAUCCGGUAGAGUUAGAGCCCUUGCGGAGGUGGUGCGGAGCGCUUCGUCUCUGAGCGACUCAGCAACCGGCGUGUCCUGAGAGGCUGCGGCGAAGCCUCCAAAGAAGACGCGAGAGCUUGGCAGCUUCGAUUGAAGCCCAGCGAGCGGCGACGUCGAACCCGGAGUCAUGAGCGACAGCGGCGAGCAGAACUACGGCGAGCGGGUUAAUGUUGAAGAAGGAAAAUGCGGAAGUCGUCAUAUGACAAGUUUUAUAAAUGAGUAUUUGAAGCUCAGGAAUAAGUGAAGCUGAAAUUUGAAAAAAUAAAAGAAAGAAUGCAUGCUAAUUAUCAGACCAGAAGUCCCACUUAUAGAAUAUUGAGCAAUUUGUGUGAAGUGGGGAAGAUGAAAGAAGUCAGAAUUUGAAACGGAAGAAUGAAGAAAAGAAAUAAAAAUGGAAGUUAAGAUAAGAAGUAAUCUGGAAUCAGAAAGCACUACGCUAAGAAUCCCGUUCUGCUUCCAGAAGUGGAAGUGCUCACGGAUCGGGGAAAUCUGCAAGGCAUACCCCUGCAAGGUCUCGCUCCAAGGAAGAUUCCAGGCGUUCCAGAUCAAAGUCCAGGUCCAGAUCUGAAUCUAGGUCUAGAUCCAGAAGAAGUUCUCGAAGGCAUUAUACAAGGUCAUGGUCUCGAUCUCGUUCUUAUAGACUUUCCCGUAGCAGGUCUUACAGUUGUGAUUAUCGCAGACGCCACAGCCACAGCCAUUCCCCCAUGUCUACUCGAAGGCGUCAUGUUGGGAAUCGGGCGAAUCCUGACCCAAACUGUUGUCUUGGAGUGUUUGGGUUGAGCUUGUAUACCACAGAAAGAGAUUUAAGAGAAGUAUUCUCUAAAUAUGGCCCAAUUGCCGAUGUGUCUAUUGUGUAUGACCAGCAGUCUAGGCGCUCGAGGGGAUUUGCCUUUGUGUAUUUUGAAAAUGUAGACGAUGCCAAGGAAGCUAAAGAACGUGCCAACGGAAUGGAACUUGAUGGGCGUAGAAUCAGAGUGGAUUUCUCUAUAACAAAAAGACCACAUACCCCAACACCAGGAAUUUACAUGGGGAGACCUACCUAUGGCAGUUCUCGCCGUCGGGAUUACUAUGACAGAGGAUAUGACCGUGGCUAUGAUGAUCGGGACUACUAUAGCAGAUCAUACAGAGGAGGUGGUGGAGGAGGAGGUGGAUGGAGAGCUGCUCAAGAUAGAGAUCAGAUUUACAGAAGGCGGUCGCCUUCUCCUUAUUAUAGUCGUGGAGGAUACAGAUCACGCUCCAGAUCUCGAUCCUACUCACCUCGUCGCUAUUAAAGCAUGAAGAUGAAGACUUUCUGAAACCUGCCAUCGAGCUGGGAUGUUGUUUGUGGACAAUAUUUUUAUUGUCUGUUUAAAAAGUGAACAGUGCCUAGUGAAGUUAGGUGACUUUUACACCUUUUAUGAUGACUACUUUUGGUGGAGUUGAAAUGCUGUUUUCAUUCUGCAUUUGUGUAGUUCGGUGCUUUGUUCAAAGUUAAGUGUUUUCAGAGAAGUAUGUUUUGCAUGUAUUUUUUUACAGUCUUAAAUUUUGACUGCUGAGAAGUUUCUAUUGUACAAAAACUUCAUUUAAAAGGUUUUUCUACUGAAUCCAGGGUAAUCUGAAGAUUGAAGCCUGUGUGUAAAAAUGCUACCAAAUGGCAAAAGCAACAAUAAAGUUUGAUUUUUAUUUUUCUUUCUAACAUUGAUGCUUAGCAAAACUAUUCAGAUUUGUUAUCAGUAAAUUCAAAGGCAAAAAUACACGUUUUCCUUCAGUCCAUGAAAUGAACCAUAUUUAAUAUGCCUGCAACUAAGUGUUAAAAAUAUGCUCUGUAACUCUGUACUAUUAGUAUUAGAACUAAGUUUCUCAAUGCAGCAAAUGCUUAAUGCUUAUAUAAAUGUGGAUUUGUCAGCCUUUAUGUAAUCUGUAUUAUGUUUAGCAGGGAAUAAGAAAAGAGUUACACAUCGUGUAUGCCUUAAGGCUAUUUCUUGAAGCUGUUAAAAGGGAAUAAUGGUAUUUCAACUAGUUAUCAGCAAAUGACAAUACAUUCCACCACAAAUGUACUCUUGUUCUUCUAGCUUUUAAACCAUUAAAAAACUGGGUGCUUCAAAGUACAGGAUAAGAGAAGGGAACGCUACAUGUGUGUCGUGGAUGAACCGAAGACUGCCUGUUCAUUUUUUAAAUAUUUUCAGGUCCUUUGUUUAUCAAAGGAGGCCCAAUUUCACUCAAAUGUUUUGAGAACUGUGUUAAAUAAAUGAAAA